UUCUACUUGACCUAUUUUAUAUCCGGUUGUUCUACAGCUUAUGUUUCUAUUCUGUGAAUUUACCGUGCAUUUAAACCGAUCAUGAAAUAAAGUGGACAUAAAAUUAUUUUAAAAUAUGCGUGCAUUAGGUUCUGUUGUUUUGUGCUGCAUUUCAUUGUGGAUUUUAUCCAGUGAAGCUGCUCGAUGGACACAGUGGAAAAAAAUAACAACAUGUAGCGCCAAACCCUGUAACUGUCAUGUUCCAAAAUCAGGACAAAGGAGAAAAUGCGAACAGGGAGAAAUAUUUAUGUUGCGGUUUUGCAUCCGUGAGGAAUCAGAUACGCACGAUUGUCAGCGGGACAACGGUAUUGGAGCCAUAAAGAAAGAGAAAUGCAUAAAUGAUGGUACAAAUUGCCCAGGGUGGUCCGACUGGCAGCUUGGAGAAUGUGACUGUAUGUCGAAUAUUAGACUUGUACAGCGAGAGUGUAACAAUCCCCCACCUAUACACAAUGACGUUCUUUGUAAAAGUGACGCUCGAGAUGAAGUGAUGUAUGAAGAACAAACACGUGUCUGCAAUUGCACUGAAGACGAAAUGGCUACAACACCUACAACAACAACAACAACGACGACGGGGUCAUGGACAAUGCCUCUUCCGUGUUGUAAGGAAGAUGCCUACGAUUACAAAAGUAAUGAUUAUGAAAUUAAUGGUAAUAGCUUAUUUGGAGGACCUGAAACAACAACAACAACAACAACAAAGAAGCCAUCUCAAGUGGACCUCGACUACUAUGAUAUGUAUUAUGAACUGCUUAAGGAGUAUCCUAAUUGUCGAAAUUGUAGUCGUGCAGAAAUAGAAGCAGAAAGAGGUAACUCAGACAGUGAAGAUUACGGAGACUUCGAAGACUACGAGUAUUACGGAAACUACGGAAAUUACGGUGGAGACGGCGGAGACAGUGACUAUGGGGAUUAUUGAAACCGUCUUAGUUAGGACUUCUGUAUUAUUUACAAAACUAAUUACGAUGACAUGUCAUGACUGAGAUUUACAAAUAGGAACAGUUCAUAAAAUUUAAAGUUCUUUUCAUACAAUUAUGAAAAGUCUUGUCCCAGCUGAACAAUUUUGGCAUCACUGCCAUUACACAGGUUUGUUACAUAGAAACAACAUUGUUUAAAAAUGGAAAUAUGCUUCUGUAUUUUUUUUGGGGGGGGGGAUUUCUAGACAAUUAAUAAACUAUUCAAAGUCAUCAUUGUUUUCAAAUGAACACACUAAAUAGCUAAAAGUUGUUAAUAAAUAUAAAUUAAAAUAAUUGAGUUACAGGACAUAUAUAUUGACACCAGUGUAUACAUGACAUAUAGCAAUUUGAAAUGAAAAUCUACUGCGGAGAUAUAUGUUUUCAAUAAAAGAAUGUGUCAACUACUGCACUGUAUGGCAGUAUUACAAAAUGGACAGUAUUACAAAAUGUUAUAAGUUGGGCACUCUGUAUUUCAAGCUAAUAAAUAAACGUGUCAUA